AUGCCGUUCGGACAGAUUAUCGUUGGGCCACCUGGUUCCGGUAAAACAACGUAUUGUUGGGGCGCUUACCAGUAUCUUACAGCGGCCGGCAGAAAAGUAGCUGUUGUGAAUCUUGACCCAGCGAACGACCAUAUACCUUAUCCUUGCGCAAUCAAUGUGGCUGAUCUGAUCACGCUGGAAGAUACAAUGAACGAACUCCGGCUUGGACCCAAUGGCGGCAUAAUGUUUUGCGUCGAGUAUCUUUUGAAGAAUCUGGACUGGUUGACAGAACAGUUGGACAAACUGCAGGAUCAUUACUUUCUGUUUGAUUUCCCGGGCCAAGUGGAACUGUUCACCCACCAUACUGCUGUCAAAGAAAUUCUUGAUCGUCUUCAGAAGCUGAAUUACAGACUGGUUGCUGUCCAUCUCGUCGACGCUCACUACUGCACCGAUCCUGCAAAAUAUAUCUCCGUAUUACUCCUCUCGCUUAAGACGAUGAUCCAGCUCGAGUUACCGCAUGUUAAUGUCUUGUCAAAAGUCGAUCUGAUAGAAUCGUAUGGAAAACUAAGGUUCAACUUGCAAUAUUACACCGACGUUAUGGAUCUUUCGUACCUUUUAGAUUCCUUGAACGAAGAUGCUUUCGGCUCCAAAUUCAAAAAGUUGAAUCAAGCACUGUGCGAGCUUAUUGAAGACUUUUCUUUGGUUGGCUUCUAUACAUUGUGUGUCGAGGACAAGAAAUCCAUGACGAAUUUGCAGCAAGUCAUUGAUAAGGCCGGCGGGUUUGUCUUUGGUGGUUUAACCGAAGGUAACGAAUCUAUUAUGACGACGGCAAUGUUAUCAGGCUAUAACGAGGAUGUCAGUGAGGUGCAAGAACGAUGGAUCGAUAACACACGCUUGGAUGAUGAAGAUGAAGCUUAG